AUGGUUUCUCCAAAUCCAACAUCGUGGGAGAUUCUUGACCCCAUCUCUGCUCGCCCGAGCAACGAGAUCUACAAAGCCAACACCAUCUCCGAAGACAUGAGCGGGAAAUUGUCCUCAGAAGAUCAGCCAAAUUCCACUCAUAAUCAGGAAUACACUGGAUCCUAUACUCCUGGCAUCGCUUACAUCCCUAACCCGAAAACACAAGAGGACAAUGAAAACCACCAGAAUUACUCGUUUUCGCUGCAGGAACGACAGAACAAGCUGCGACUACGACAGUCUAGCUUGGACAAAGGGUAUGCUGAGCCAGAACCAGUGCAGCAAAAUUUCCCUCUGCCACCUUCUCAUGAUCCGGCGGUACUUGCCUAUCAGCUCCAGAGCAGACCAAACAUGGGCGGUCCGCCAAUUGCUGGAUCGUCUUUCCCGCCUGUGCCGGUGUACGACCCUUUGCCUUACAAUACACCUGCGAUGCCUGCAGUUGCUCCCCGGCCGGGUCGGCAGGAACAGAACAGUGGAAUAGAGCGGUCGCCACAUUACAUGCAAGGGCCUGCUCGGGUUGCUUCGUAUACACCAUACCAAGACUCAUCCGUGUCGUCGAGCCAAACUAUAUGGCCACAAGAUCGCAAUACACGCUCUAGCCAGAGGACUAUCUCUCUAUCUGAGGCCAAUGGCCUUAGAGCCCAGAUAACGUAUCUCCAAGAGAAAGUGCUUAAGCUAGAGGGGAAACCCGUUGAUCCUGUGGCCUCGAAGUACCAAGUUCUCUAUCGAAUCGAGAAGGAUGACACAUUUCGAGGCAUGGAUCGAGGGUGGGACAGAGACGAAGAUUUUAGAUCCCCAUGGAUGGGAACUUUCACUGAUCCCCCCGAGGUCAUCCAUAGCUCUAUGGGAUCACCCCAUCUGCGCUGCAAUGACCGGUUGACCAACUUCGAGCUAUACCUGGCUCUGAACAAAGACAUAUCAUUUGUGGUAUUUCGGAAUUUCAAGAGAAGAGUCGAGCGGCAGUCAUCAAAAGCGAGGUAUGGCAAGCCAGAGCCAUUUAGCGAGACAAUUCUCCCUGUUUCUGAGGAUCUCAAGGACAUCUUUGAAGAGAUGCUCAGUGGUCGAGAGUUCAGCUCUAUGUAUCGUGGCUACCAGUCUUCUCGAGAAGUCACGACACCCUAUCUCUUCGUCUACCACAAUCGAUCCAAGGUGACAAACAUGAGACACGGGCUGAGUUCCGUGGCCCAGCAACAACUGGAUCUCUUCAUGGGUUACGUCCAAAAGACCUGUGGCGAGGAGUAUGCUGCUGCGGACACUUUGCUUAACAGUGGCCGCAUCCGCCCGGAGUACAUCCAAUAUCUGUUCAAGCCCAACGAGGUGUUGGUUUCAAACAACAACAAUGAAUACACGGGAUAUAUUGCGGUAGACUGGCCGCUUCAAGAUGAGGGCUAUCUUGGGUUUUCCUCUUGGACUGUUGGGGGCCAGACCUGGGAUUUUGAUGGCAGCUUUUGUAAAAGAUGGGGCACGCUUGAAUUCCAGACGCCAGAGCCACAGAACGCCAUAAGAGAGCGACGCUACCAACGCUGGACUCCGAAUGAUGACCCAAUUGUUCAAUCAUUCAACCAAGAAGCGGCUGAGGACUCAUCCUCAGCUCAGAGCAACUCGAACAAAGAGUAUGCUAUCACAGACCUUGCUGUAUUCCCGAUCAAGUACGCAUCAAAUGAGCUUGUCCAGAUGCUUCGGAGACGUGGAGAGAUUUUCUGGAAACUCCGUGCACAUCGAUAUGUGUCCUAUCAUGCCACAGAGGAAGAAAAUUUCCAGACUAUGGCCGAUGACCGAUACAUAAUAGACAUGGAAACGUACAAGCGAUUGCAUCCAGUCCCCACGCCUCAACCUGCACGUACAAGCAUGCUUGAUGACCGAGCCAUGGCCAGAGACUCGCCCCCAGAUGAGACAUUCCAGCUCUUGAUGCCUCCCAGGAUUGUCGGAUUCAACCUUCGGCGCAAGAAAUGGUUCAAGCUCUGCACCGAUCGCAUCUCCGAUGUAGUCUGGAACAAAGAAGCCUUCAAGAGUCUAGCCAUCGAAUCCAAAUCCCGAGACCUGAUCCAAGCACUUGUCACCAACCACCUUGAAUCCGAGUACUCGGCAGAUCUAAUUGCAGGCAAGGGCAAUGGUCUCAUGCUGCUGUUACAUGGCGGCCCAGGGACAGGCAAGACACUGACUGCAGAGAGUGUCGCCGAGAUAGCAGAGCGACCCCUCUACCGUGUCACCUGCGGCGAUGUGGGCACGAAGCCUGAAGAGAUUGAGAAGUACCUUGAGUCUGUUCUCCACCUGGGAAAGAUUUGGAACUGCGUCGUGCUACUCGACGAGGCAGACGUAUUCCUCGAGCAGCGCGGGCUGGAAGAUCUGAACCGGAAUGCGCUCGUAUCGGCAUUCUUGCGAGUGGUAGAAUACUUCGAGGGGAUUCUAAUCCUGACCACGAACCGGGUAGGUACGUUUGAUGAUGCGUUCAAGUCGCGAAUCCAGCUGGCACUGCACUACCCCAGUCUGGGCGAGGACCAGCGACGACUCAUUUGGGAGACUUUCAUUGAGCGGUUGGGGGGGUUUGAAGCUGAUUCUGUUGAUAUCCAUGAUCUGCGCAUGAAUCUGGAUGUGCUCAAGAAAGAGAGGUUGAAUGGUCGGCAAAUCCGGAAUGCCAUUACCACCGCUCGUCAGUAUGCCAAGUGGCAGAAGAAAAUCCUCACGUAUGAGCAUCUUAGGGAUGUUAUUCAGGUCUCGGCACGAUUUGACGAGUAUCUGGAAAAUCUUCAUCGCCCCUUCAUGCAGAGUUGA